UAUUCUCCCAAUCCUCCCCCUCCGACACCAGUCCGGCGCUCCCAUCCCGCAAAGAAAACGAGAAAAUGCACAGAAACCCCCUUAUCCAUCUUCACUUACCCCUUCACUCUUUCAUUCCAUGGCCACCACCUCGUCCCUCCUCCCUCUCAUCCGCCUCCAGUCCAAAAUUUACCCCUCCACCUCCCCAUCCCACCGCGCCUCCCUUCCUUCCAUCGAACACAAGCUCGUCAUCUCCGGCGGUCGAUCCAUCUCCGGCCAUGUCGCGAUCAGUGGCUCUAAAAACUCCGCUCUCGCCGUCCUCGCUGGAACCCUAUGUUGCUCCUCUGGCACAGUGGCUCUGCGCGGAGUUCCCGAGCUCCUCGACACGCGUACGAUGGCUGAAGUGCUGCGAUCGGUCGGAGCCCGCGUGGAGGCGGAAGACGGUGGCGUUUUGGUGGUUGACGCGAGCAAUGUGUGGGUGACCGAGCCUUGUUCGGAGAAGAUAGGGAGGAUUAGAGCGGGGUUCUUUGUUUUGGGGCCAUUGGUGGCGAGGUUCGGUAAAGCUGAGGUUGCGAUGCCGGGAGGAUGCAGGAUUGGGUUGAGGCCUGUGGAUCUAUAUAUUAAGGGGCUUGAAGCUCUUGGUGCAGUGGCUGAGUUGAGGGAGGAAAAGGUUUGUGUUUAUGGUGCAAAUGGCAAAGGCCUUGUUGGAGGAUCAUUCCAUCUCACUUACCCUAGUGUGGGAGCAACUGAAACCUUCAUGAUGGCAGCAUCCAUGGCUGACGGUGUUUCUGUGCUUACAAAUGCAGCUAUGGAGCCAGAGGUUGCAGAUCUUGCUAAAUUUCUGAAUGCCUGUGGAGCAUGUAUUGAAGGGGCUGGUACUAGCACUCUUGUUAUUACAGGCAGGAAGAAGCUAUAUGGAGCUGAGUUCACCAUUUUGCCAGAUCGUAUAGAGGCUGGAACAUUUAUGGCUGCUGCUGCCAUCACACGCUCAUGCAUUUCUCUAUCACCUGUCAUCCCUUCACAUUUAACACAGAUGACAGAAAAGCUUACAGAAGCAGGCUGCAAGGUCACACAGAUUGGUUCCAGCGCACUUGAAGUUUCAGCAGUUCCUGAAGUAACAGGCGGAAAGCUACAAGCUUUCAAUAUCAAGACAUUACCAUAUCCUGGGUUCCCAACUGACCUCCAAGCUCAGUGCAUGGCUUUACUCACCACCUGUGUUGGGUCAAGCAUCAUUGAGGAAUCUGUAUUUGAGAACAGAAUGCAUCAUGUCAAAGAGCUGAAGAAACUCGGCGCAGAAAUAAAGCUCAGUGGCAAUUCGGCUUUUAUUGGAGGAACAAAACCUGAAAGAAUUGCGCUUUCUGGUGGCCGGGUUCGAGCAGCUGAUUUGAGAGGCGGAGCUGCACUGGUUUUGGCUGGAAUGGCAGCUUCUGGAAUUACUGAAGUUGAAAAUAUUGCUCAAAUUGAUCGUGGUUAUGAAAGAUUUGAGGAAAAGCUUUUGUCACUGGGAGCAGACAUCAGAAGAGAGAGUGAGGCAGCAGUAAGCAAUCAUCCAUCUGUAGUUUUCACAUAAGUUGCCAUUUUAUUAUGCAAAGUUUUGUUUCAGAGAAACUCACAGAAAGUCUCAUUUUGAGUUACAGAAAAAAACCAAUUCUGUAACUCUAUUCUUUGAUAAUUUUUCAUUGCAUUUAUGACUGUCUGAUUUACAUGUGAUUUUUUAGUGGAAGUAGUAUUAUUAUCUCUAUUUUCGUGUAUUGCGUUUUACCGUAAGGAGGAGUACUUG